ACGCAGGGAUCUGACGUCCCCACAAACACUCACCAGGGCCAGGCCCUUCUCUCCAGCCCCCUUGGGACUAGAGAGGAAGUGGAUCAGAACAGAAGAAUGGCCCGCAGGUUCACUCCGAGGCGCAGCUGGAACCUCCAACGGGGGUGCUUGCCAAAUUCUAAGUAUUUAUUGAUGUGUGUACAUGCCUCACUGUGCAAAUAGCUUGAGCCUCUUUAGACAGGAAGUCUGACCACGGAUGAGUCCAAUUCUGAGGACCGUUUCACAUGCAGAGACGCCCCGCUCACUCCAAGGCCACCAUCAUCUCAGCCUAAAGAAACACGUGUAGCUGCUUGGAGAUGAGAGAACGUCCAAGAGAGGGAGCGCUUCCUCCACGGCCCUGUCUUCGGUCCCCCUGCAAAUGCUGCUCUGUCUCAGUGGGGCUUAUGGCGCCCUUUACUUCCUGGCUACGCUUCUGAUGGUCAUGUACAAAAGUCAGGUUUUCAGUUAUCCUCCUAGUCACCUGGUCCUCGACCUGACUCUGCUGUUCCUGCUGGGGAUUUUGGAAGCAGCUCGCUUGUACUUUGGCACCAAGGGCAACCUGACGGAGGCCGAGGUGCCACUGGCCGCCAGCCUGGUCCUCACAGUGGCCGGCGCCCUACUAUGUGUCUACUUCCUGCUCUGGCAGACCCUCGUGCUAUGGGCAGACUCCGUCCUCAGUGCCACACUCCUGACACUGUACAGCCUGGAGGCCGUCCUGCAGGUGGUGGCCAUCGCCGCCUUCAUCAGCUAACGGGACAACGCCAGCAGCCCUGGACAGGCACUCCCUCCUGGGAGCCCGGCCAUCCCCUCCCCCAAUGCACAAAGGGAAGGGGUGGUUUAUGAAUCUUACUGGGAGCAGCUGCAGGUGCAGUCACUACCCUGAGCCGUCUCUGUGGGAAAUGACAGGGACAUCUGCUCCGUCCCUGUGUUUUGGCCACCCUGACCCUGAGGGCCAGAGUGGGAACCCAGUGGUCAGGCCAUUAUCACAAACCUCAGGGGUUUGCCCUGCCCUGUCCCCUUAUGCCAGAGUUCUCACUGUGGGGCAGCAUUCUGCAGCCCAGGUGGGUGUUCUGUACUUGCCACACACACGGGUGGGGCCUAGCACUGCAGGUGGUGUGAGGGGCCGGGGCUUUCGCCAAAGCAGGCCGAGUCCUGGACAGACGGUGCCCUCUGGCUGCCAAAAGGAAUGCAAAGGAGCUGGUCAGCUCUGGGGUUGGGGGUU